AUGGACUCGCGCGUGUCAGAGACCCGGGAGGGCUACCUGAAGCAGUUGCAGCGCAUGCAGGCGCCCAAAAAGAUCAAGACUGUGAAGUUUUCCAAGCCUCUUUAUUCUCUCUCGUGGGAGAGUUUGACUUCUACUGUCGUUGAAAUGUUUGACCUGCUGGAUGCAGAACAGGCCAUCAACUCUGUCCUGGACUUGGCCUCACUCUUUCCGGACGGUGUAUUUCCCGAAAAGCAGACGCAAGCGUCGGAGGCUGCCGCUUCGUCUGCUGACCAGGAGCUGUCUCCGGCAGGCGGAGUUUCGGCUGAC